AUGAUCAGGUUUUCGUUGAUAUUGGGACUUGUUUCGAUAUGCCUAGCCGAUCUUCCGGUGACUCCACCUGCUGCUAUACGAUGUGGCCAAACUCCGAACGCUGUUUACUCUUGCCUCGGCAAUCCGAAAGUGGUGAAACCUGAUGUUUCUCAGCAGUGCACUCAGUUUGUUUCGGAGUGCGAAAAACUGAAAUGCGUAUUCGAAAAAUCGGGCUGGCUAAAGGACAAUAAAGUAGACAAAGAGAAGGUGAAGAAUUAUUUCGAUGAUUAUGCGAAAGAAACCCCAGCUUGGGCUCCGGCCGUAGAGAAGGUGAAAACAGAAUGCCUGACGCAGGAUUUGGUGGCACAAGGUGUUUUUGUCAACUGUCCUGCUUAUGACGUUAUGCAUUGCAUACUGACUAAUUUUCUCAGGAACGCGCAACCGUCUCAAUGGUCAACAUCCGCCACGUGUGAAUACCCACGGCAGUUCGCCGCGGCUUGCCCCGUCUGCCCCGAAGACUGUUUCGCGCCACAGGUGCCCUACGGCUCGUGCAAUGCUUGUCGACUUCUACCCCGAUCAACUUAAACGUCGCCUCUGUCACUUGCUAAACGCAUUUGAAGAUUUUGUUA